UUAUUCGAGAUCUUGAUAAUCCACCAAAAAAUAGACACUUCCGCGUGCUGGUCACGAUAGUGUGGUUUUGAGUUGGCUAAUACGGACACGAGGUUGGCACUUGACCUGUUCAGCUGUGGUUGCACGACAAGGCGACUGACGUUACUCAAGUCGCACCAUCCGACACUCACACACACAACCUCUUCUCGCGACUCUCAGCCAAAAUACUUUCGCACAACAUGCUGUCAACGAUGCGUUCUGUUGCAGCUGUCACUCUGGCCCUCUCGGCUCUGACAUCUGCCCUCACCGCUGGAGUCGUCACCAGUGCUGGAUGCUUCAACGAUUCUGACGGCCUCACGCAAAGCGACACAUACAACUACCAGUCCAAAGGUCACUGUCAGGAACAAUGCAUCGGCGCCGAUGCCACCGUCAUGGCCAUGUCCAACGCCAACGAAUGUUGGUGCGGUACCACGCUGCCACCUAAGAGCAGCUUGACAGACAAUUCCAAGUGCAGCUUGGCAUGUGUAGGAUAUCCGACUGACACUUGUGGUGGCAACGGAUACUGGAGCGUCUACUUCACAACCACCGAAACCGAUAUCAACUACUACGGCGGUGGCGGUUCAUCUAGCUCGUCUAGCUCAUCAUCCGCCGCAGCCAAGUCUUCUGCCGCCUCUUCAUCAACCUCCUCAGCAGCCUCCACAGUGACUGGUGCUACGUCUGCUUCCGCCGCAUCAGACAAGGCAACCGUCAUCACCAGCAUUGCUCCUGGCAAGACCGUCAUCAUCACACAAGCACCUGCUUCUCAGGCUACAAACUCUGCCGGCGCCAAAGAAUCCAAGAAGGGAGGCUCCAACACUGUUGGAAUCGCUGUUGGUGUUGUCGUUGGUAUUGUCGUUGUCGCCGCCCUUGCUGGUGCUGCAUUCUUCUUCUGGCGCCGCAAGCAACGUCGUGAGGCAGAGACCGGUCACCAGCAACUCAACGAUUACUCGAGCUCGUCCCAAAAGCCCAUGGCCUUCAGAUCUGCAGGUCCCGAUGCCCGCAUUGACCCUGAUGCUAUGGCACAAAGAAGAAUGAGUGAUGGAAGCAUUGCCGAUAACGAGGAUUACUCGAGGAGGAUAUUGAAGGUCACCAACGCUUGAUGAUUCAACUCUACAACCUCCACGACCUUGAAAUGACUUUAGACAAUAUCGACCACCUCUUCUUUACGUUUUCCUUACUCUUUCUUCUCUCUCUCUCUCUCUUCCCAACUGUUUUCUGGGAUUGCAGGCGUACUUCAACGGAGCGCGCUUUCUUGAUCUUUGAAUGAUGAAGAACACUUUACUGUUCCAUCUUUGUGUUGGAAUGGGAGCGGCUUUCAUUCCCCUGCUCUACCCGGCAGAGA